CCACCAUCUGCUUCCACCCUUCCGCAGCCUCAGACCGACAGCGCGAGAGAUGCGAGACGGGCUUUCUUCUGCGACCUCUGCCAAAAAGGCUAUGCCCGCUCCACAGACUUUGAAGCUCAUGAGGGGAGUUAUGAUCAUCAACAUCGAAAGCGCCUCAAAGAAAUGCGUGCCAUGACCAAAGACCCCAACGCAGCCGCCAAACAACGUCUCGCCGAGUCCCGCUCCAACGCCUCCGGAGGUCUCAAAUCCGUCUCCAUUCCCCUCUCAGCCUCCUCUACCAAUACUUCCUCCACUUCCGGCCCGGUCAAGAAGAAACCCGUCUUCAAG